GAUUUGGACGCUCCGGCCUGGGAGGUGCGUCAGAUCCGAGCUCGCCAUCCAGUUUCCUUUCCACUAGCCCCCAGUGGGAGAUCUGGGACCAACAAGGCACCAUGGCACAAAAGGGCCAACUCAGUGACGAUGAGAAGUUCCUCUUUGUGGACAAAAACUUCAUCAACAGCCCAGUGGCCCAGGCUGACUGGGCCGCCAAGAGACUCGUCUGGGUCCCCUCAGAGAAGCAGGGCUUCGAGGCAGCCAGCAUCAAGGAGGAGAAGGGGGAUGAGGUGGUUGUGGAGCUGGUGGAGAACGGCAAGAAGGUCACGGUUGGGAAAGAUGACAUCCAGAAGAUGAACCCACCCAAGUUCUCCAAGGUGGAGGACAUGGCGGAGCUGACGUGCCUCAACGAAGCCUCCGUGCUACACAACCUGAGGGAGCGGUACUUCUCAGGGCUAAUAUAUACAUACUCCGGCCUCUUCUGCGUGGUGGUCAACCCCUAUAAACACCUGCCCAUCUACUCGGAGAAGAUCGUCGACAUGUACAAGGGCAAGAAGAGGCAUGAGAUGCCGCCUCACAUCUACGCCAUCGCAGACACGGCCUACCGGAGCAUGCUUCAAGAUCGGGAGGACCAGUCCAUUCUAUGCACAGGCGAGUCUGGAGCCGGGAAAACCGAAAACACCAAGAAGGUCAUUCAGUACCUGGCCGUGGUGGCCUCCUCCCACAAGGGCAAGAAAGACACAAGCAUCACGCAAGGCCCAUCUUUUGCCUACGGAGAGCUGGAAAAGCAGCUUCUACAAGCAAACCCGAUUCUGGAGGCUUUCGGCAACGCCAAAACAGUGAAGAACGACAACUCCUCACGAUUCGGCAAAUUCAUCCGCAUCAACUUCGACGUCACAGGUUACAUCGUGGGAGCCAACAUUGAAACCUAUCUGCUGGAAAAAUCACGGGCAAUUCGCCAAGCCAGAGACGAGAGGACAUUCCACAUCUUUUAUUACAUGAUUGCUGGAGCCAAGGAGAAGAUGAAAAGUGACUUGCUUUUGGAGGGCUUCAACAACUACACC